AUGACUCUGCACAAAAUAUUAGAUAACAGCAAAGCUAAGAAUGCUCAAAGUUUGAGUCUACAAGCUCAGCUAGGGGAAAAGAACAAAUUGGAACGGAACAGUUUCCAAACAGUGAAGGAGGUUUUUCCAAACUCAAACCUAACUGAACAUGAGGAUGAAUUGGCAUUAGGCGAACACAGUCAGUUAUUCAGUCUACCACCUGACAGUGUGUUAAAUUUAAAUUCUGUUAGUGCUGCACAAAAAGAAUCGUUAGUAAUAAGCCCAUGCAGUGAAGGAAGUGAACAAUUGUGGGACCGUAUUUGGGCCGAAAAUGGGUGUGGUACGGAAACCAAGAUAUGGCACAAGUUCAACAUGAAACAUGGAUUAGAAUUUAAUGGGGGAUCAAAUCAAGUCUGGAAGUGUUACAGGAUGGAAGAGUCAGCCUACAGAUGAAAAAACACUGAGAGUGCAUUACCAUUAAGGUAUGAGGUAAAGUAAUAGAGUAUGCACAUUGUCUAAUGAGAAGUACCAUCUUGUGUUAAUAAAUCCAGUACAACAGCAAUCCUUUAUAGUUCUGUCACAGCUAGAAACCUCAAAUAAUUCUGCUUCUCUGUCUAAAGAACAACUU